AGCGUAAAGCAACUCGUCUCAUCUUCAGAGAAGCAAACCCAACAAAAAAAAAAAAAGAAUUUUCAGGUUUUCUUCUCGCUUUCACCGGAGAAGGAGAAGGAGAGGAAGGUGUUGAUCGAAUCCUCCUCCAAUCGCGCGCGAUUCGAUCCCCGUUGCUGGCCGCUCGCUCGCUCGAUCCCUCAUCCGAUCUGAAUCCCCCGAUCUGAUGGCGGCCAACCCCGGCAACAAGAUCCGCAACGCCAAGCUGGUUCUUCUUGGAGAUGUGGGCACGGGCAAGUCGAGCCUCGUUCUCCGGUUUGUGAAGGGCCAGUUUGUUGAGUUCCAGGAGUCCACCAUCGGCGCGGCCUUCUUCUCGCAAACCUUGGCGGUUAACGAUGAGACGGUGAAGUUCGAAAUCUGGGAUACUGCAGGGCAGGAGAGGUAUCAUAGCUUGGCUCCGAUGUACUAUCGGGGUGCGGCUGCCGCGAUAGUUGUCUACGACAUCACAAAUGCGGCCUCUUUCACACGUGCAAAAAAAUGGGUUCAAGAACUUCAAGCGCAAGGAAACCCAAACACGAUAAUGGCUCUUGCUGGUAACAAGGCUGAUAUGGUAGAGGCGAGGCAGGUGCCAGCAGAAGAGGCAAAGACCUACGCACAAGAGAAUGGCCUUUUCUUCAUGGAAACAUCUGCGAAAACGGCGAUCAAUGUGAACGAUGUAUUCCACGAGAUCGCAAAGAGAUUGCUUCAAGGACAGCAGGCUCAAGACACACCGGCUGGAAUGGUUCUCAACCAGAGACCAGCUGAGAGGAUGGUGAGCAGUUCUUCAUGCUGCUCAUAAUUCAAGUGUGGAGUAUGUGACAACUACAUAAUGCCAUGGCCUGAAAUCCAGGAGAAGUGUGUAUGCAUCAGAGAUGCACACAAAGCUUGUAAAGUGGCUGCUGCCAUCCCAGCUGCUGUUUCUUAUUUUGUCAUGUUCGUUCUGUAAAUGUGAAUACUAGGGUGUCGCUGCAGAAAUUCAGAUGUAUUACUACAGUGUAUGCUCUUGCUUAAGUAUUUCUCGACACUGAAACAGAGUAAAGCAAAGUCUAGUCAGAUUCGUUUUGUUUGCUUCAAUUCAGAUCAUGCAGUGAGCUUGCUUUUUA